AUCCGAUGUAACUUAAAAUGGUUUCAUUUGAAAAUCUGACUGUAUCUGUCGGCUGCUCGAGAUUUCUACUUGAAAUAAUUCUCCCUGAUAUGGAAACAGAAUGUCUUCGAAAGAGUUACCAGUCUUCAACAAAUUAAAAGCUUGGUUCUCCUCGAGUGUACCUCGGAAGAUGAGAGACUUGUGGAAAAAACAAGGAGGAAAGGAGGUUUCUUCUGUGAAAGAUGCCCAGUUCAUAUUUUCUAGUGAUGCAUCCUGCUCUGACACUGUUGAGAUUUACGAGAGCGAGGAGUUCCUUCACGGUUUUCUAACCAUCUUCCAUUCAAGCUAUAUCGAUGCCUGUCUCAAGGAGAAGACUGCCCAUGAGGUAGCUGCAGCUCAGUAUAUUUUGCUUCCUCCAGAUAUGGCAGAUGAUAUCCAGCAGUUGGCUUUUGUUAGUAGGCCUCCUAACCAAGAGAUGACAGAGACCACUUCAAAGAAGAAACGAGACCAAAGUAGAUCCAAUAAACCUAGUGAAGCAAAUGAAAACACAAACACCAACCACCAUCAAGAAAGGUUAUCAUCUGAACCUUCAACAUCUAAUCAAAGAGAACCUCGGAACAGAGAACUUCCAACAUUUGCUCAUGCAGCUGAUAUUGCCUUCAAGAUUGAUGAUCUGUCCAGCAUCCCGUACGUCAAGUCCUUGCCAAGGUUUGUAGGUGAUAUCACAGAUUUUAUCCCUGGAGUCAACGGAUGCUCAUUGUCUCUGAAGGCAUCAUGAUACCCAAUGCCUUCAUACGCCACUGAUUUACACUGUUAUGUUUCUAAAAGUAACUAGCUACAAAAGACUUCAAUCAUCACAUAUUGAAAUGGUAGCUUCAUGUAUUGUGUUUUGAGUUCAUCUUCUGAGCAAUAUUGUCUCAGUUCGUCCCAUGUCAUUUUGCUCGUUAUUCUUGCCUUGGGCUCAGGAACUGUCUAGUACAUAGACUUUUCAUAGAUUUAUAUACAUGUAUUAAGCCAUAAAUGUGUAUUUUCAUUGAUUUGGUUUUGGAAGUAUUAUGACUGUAUUAUGUAUAUAUUGUUGUUACAGUUGACUUUAGUGACAGAAUGAUUUACUCAUAUUUUGGAAAUGUUCUUACAUAAUUUCUGGAGUGACGAAUUAAGUGACAAAAUGAGUACCAAUGUUAUCACACGAGUUGACGUUUCAUCCAGACUUUAAUACCCCCAUCUCACUAGGAAGGCGAUCGUGGCGACCAUGGCGAUCUGUGUAAAUCCCGCAAAUCGUAGCAGAAUCUUCCUCGAAUUCUAUUUUUAGCCUGCGAGACGAUUGCACUGCAACUUCUAUGCGACCGACCUGCGCUGAAGGAAAUGGUAAUACGCUGAAAGUACGACGAUGCCACUUUCUUGCGACGAUUCGAGGCAGAUGUGAUGCGCUGCUUCUGCGAUCAAAGCGAUCGUACAACGAGGCUCAUACGCUAAUUAGGACCUCGGUACGGUGGUGCUACGAAUGAAGCGAUUAUGUUACGUUCAUGAUGGGCUCUUGAAGCGAUUUCAAGCAAUCGGCAUACUAAUCGCGGCACAUGACACAUUUUUCAGUCGAUUGCCAACCUCCGACCAACAUGGAUGUCCAGAAUUUGGUUGGACUUAUACAUCUUGGCAUUCUAAAAGAACAUCAGUUAAAAGUUGGACAGGAGAAGGAGGAGGCCAAAGAGAUACAGGGUCCGAUCUUGGCUGUCACCUAAGUCAUAAUAUACAAUAUUUUUAAAAUUUCAUUCAAAAGAUGUCGAUGAGCCUAAUAGUUAAUAUGAGGGAUGCAUCCAGAAUUUCAUAAAAGAGCAUAAAAAUCUUUGAUAUUCUGUUUCUUUUUUUCCAAAAAGUUUGUCACUCAAAAAUAUUUGGUAAAUUCCUUUCAAAUUUGCUGACAAGAAGUAGUCUACUGAUGAUGUGAGAGCACUCAUAAAAAGGGAGGGGGAGGGGGAGGGGGGCACAAUGCCAGAAUCUCCCUAAAGAUUGCCUUUCCCAAUCAAUACAUUAGUGAUCGAAUCAUCAACAAAAUUUGAUGUUGUCUACUGUCACUGUGGUUAGAAUUCAAUUUAUUUUCAAAACAUAAUCAAUUUAUUUAUUUCUGCAGAGGUAACCCAUUUCGUCAUCAAGACAUGUGAGCGUCUUUUUUCUCUUUCCAGCUGGCUCAGCAGUAAGAUUUUCAUCCUCCUCCUGUACCCCCUCCUCUUGCUCCUCCUCCUCUACCACCACCAUAACCCCCUUGAUCUUCCUUUUCGACCGCCGGCCUAAGAGGGGUAGCUUGGGCAGCUUUCCCUUUUCUGGUCCUUUUUCUGGGAGGUAUGUUUGAAAACGCCGUGGUAUCGCCUCGUAAUCUGUUGCAAAUAUGAUAAUCCGCCACCAUCGGCACGGCGUUUUAUAGCAGCGCGGACGGUUGUUGCGCAAUCGCUGCCCAGUCAUCAGCGGCGCAGCAAAAGCGCAAUGCGAACGCCUGUAGCAGGCUGAGAAUGUGUGCCACAUGCCACCCAAAGAAGGAAGCGUCGUAGUGGAAGCUGUGUGAAGCGUGUCGAGCGCAAGGCAGUCGCCUUGUAAACGGAAGCAGCGUAGCAGAAUUGUCUUGGGAACGGGCCUGAAAACCACGGGCGAUCGGUGCCGCUAUUAAUGCGCUUAUACUACGCUUUAUGCGUUGGGGCUCCGUUACAGCUACGAAUAUGUCGUUUGUAAUAAGCUCAUGACUCGAUUGUGAUGCGCUUUAGCACCUCCGCGAUCACGCUACGUAAGUUUUGAACAUGUUCAAAAUUUUGUGGCGACCGUAAAGAUGGUGGCGAUCCUUGCCGCUUCAGAAAAGAUCAAGGUACGACGGAGAAGAUUGAAAAGAUCAAGGCACGAUCAAGCUACGUUAUACCACGCUUUGUCGAUUUUUGACGAUCGCAGUGGAAUCGCCAUCUAGUGAGAUGGGGGUAUAAUGAACUGUAACUGUUCAAUAACAUUGGCUUCUCCAGAUUGACCUGAAUUUUAGAAACAAUCCCAAAAUGACAUUCAUUGUCUCUCAAAGAAAAAUGUGAUGCUCGAUAAAUCGACCACGUCCUCACUCUGCAUGUUCGAGAAAUAUCAUCACAAAUAUUCAGAAGCUCGUAUUUACAUCCCGGCCCUUUAAAUGGGGGCUUAAAGCUCAUCAUUUACAAACCAAAGAAAAGUCCUGAAUUUUUGCUUCCCUAACAAUAAUUAUGUAGGUUGCUAUGGUAACUAACAUUCCAACAUAAUAAUAUAUUUGCUUUAAAUGCAUCAUGUCAUCACCUCUGAAUAGGUUAAGUGCUAACAUUAUCAUUGUACAAAUGCAUUCCUUUCUUCACUAAGUCUAAAUGAUGUACCCUUUAUGCUAUUUACAAAAAAAGAAAUAAGUGACUCCCCUUUUCCGGCCCCUUUGACAAUUUCAAGUCUGAAAACAAAUUUACUCAAAUUUAAUCUACGAAAUACUUUCCAGAUUGUGACAAACGUUAUAUUCUGCUCCAAAUUAUGUUUGUAUCGCUCUUUUGUUAAAUUGAGUAUCAUACAUGUCCCUUUGACACUUUUUGUCUUUUUUUCAUAAAAAUAAAUGAAUAAGUCUGGUAAUCUUCCUGCAAAACUAAUAAAACAUAAGAUCAAUACAUGAUCAAUACUUGAAUUUCUGACCAGGGUGUUUAUUUUAUUUUUUUGUUUAAGUUUGUACCCUGAAAUGUCGCCUCAUCCACAGGCUAAAAAAAUAGUAAACUUAGUCUUGUAUUCAGACACAAAUUUGCCUAAAUAAUUAAACUGUGCUGCAAUAGCACUAUUGCUUUCAAAAUCAGAUUCUUUAACUGAACAUUUGCAUCUGAAAAUUAGACAGAUUCUUGACUUGUUGAAUUUAUAAAAAAUCAUUCUCUUGCAUAUCAUACAAAGAAAAGAAUAUAUGAAUGCAAAAUUUUACACAAUUCAAAUAGCAUCAAACUAAAUUGAAUUUGAAAGCCUGUGAGUUCUCUUUCCUUCAUUCCUACAAGUCCAUCUUUAUCCAGCUUUGACUUUACUGAUUUUGCAUGCAUAUUUAAUGUCCUGCAUGCAAAAUUUUUGUUAUUUAGAAUAGACUUUGGUAAAUGAUUCAUUGGCUCUGUUCUUGGUUGUCUUGCUUGCUCAUGACAUACAUGUAGCUUAUAAUAUUGAUCCAUCCAAAAUAUUGUCUUCCACUUAAUGUUGAAAUUUGUGCUAUAUAUUUCAAAUCUUUAGGUUCCAAAUCAAAUUCCCUCUUUAAAAUUUUCACUGAGGGUAUGCAUAACCCUAAUUUCUAUCAGCAAAUGAUAAGUUCUCAACUGUGUAAUCUCCAUGAGGGUGUGCAUAUUCCCUUUUUGUUGUCAAAUAUC